CUGUGACCGCUGUCUGUUCACUGUGGUUCCACACAUAGCUCGUAGCUAGCGCUGGUCCCACUAGCUAUGUUAGCUAACACCAUAGCAGGGAAAGUCACCGUUAGCCACAAGCUAAUUCUGACGCUGAGAUGCACUGCUGACACCGUAUCGGCAAGUUGAGGCUUAACUUGGAAAACACAUGUUUGUCUCUUUGAUAUUUGUGUCCCCUGCACUGCCCUGUCUUUAAUCUGAGCCGGAGACAAAGAGGCUAACAUGGCAGCAAAAGCAGGAGACAACCCUGACAGCCUCAUGACUCUGGCAACCAUCUUCUGCCUGAGGAACCUUAGGAAGACCAUGUGCUACCAGGGAUUCAGGAACAAGCUCUGUCUGCGCUCGGACAUCUUCCUUCCCAGCGAGAUCUGCGACAAGUUGGUCAACACAUACAUGGAGUUGGUCCACACAGAUAGUAACUUUGAACCAGAGGAAAGCUUCUUCCAACUGUUCUCAGACCCUUGCAGCACCAGACUGACCAGGGUACAGCUGAGAGAAGACUUCGUACGGGACAGAGAUCUGGAGGCCAUUCAAAAACAGGACCUGAUUGAGCUCCACCUCACCUACUGCAACAGUCUGUCCUCCCGCAGCCUGAAGUCCCUGAUCAGCUUCCGUGAGACCUUGGUGUCUCUGUGUCUCUUCGGCUGCAACCACAUCUUCUACAGGAAGGGCGGUGCCCCACUCGCAUGCAACGAAGACACUGAGGAUGAGGAGGAGGAGAGCCCUGCUUCCAGGCAAGCUUUAGAGACAGACUUUAACUUCCAGGGCUUCAACCGCCUCAGGCUGCUCAACUUAGGCGGCCUGCCAGACGAGGUGGAUGCUGAGACGCUGCUCAAACCCCUGAAGUCGCUCACCUCACUAGAUCUGUCUAAUGUACAGUUGCUGGGAACAGCUUUUCUCACCCAGUGGAAAGACAGACUUGCGUCUCUUGUGCUCUACAACGUUGACCUGUCAGAGGAGCUGGUCAGUACCAUUGUGGAGAUGGUAAAUCUCAGGCAUCUUGACAUCUCCCGGGAGAGCAGGCGCACCUCUAAGUUUAAGAUGAGCAGGAAGAUCCUGACGGCCAUCGUACAGCGCCUGGUCAACCUGGUGUCUCUGGACAUCUCCGGGCACAUAAUGCUCGACAACUGCACAGUCCCACACAUCGAGGAAGCUAUGGGGCGGCCGAGCAUCGAGCCGUGCAAGAGCAGCAUUUAUCCUUUCCAGGAGCUGAAGAGGCCGCUGCAGUUCCUGGGCCUGUACGACACCACCCUCUGUAAUGUGACACACAUCCCUGCUUAUAAGGUGACCGGAUCAAAGAAUGAAGAGCAGGUUCUGAAUGCCAUAGAGGCGUACACAGAGUUUCGUCCUGAGCUGGCCCACAGAGCCAUCAAUCAGCUGUUUGACAUCGCCAGGAUACAGCACUGCAGCCAACUGCUCCGAGCUCUGCAGCUGGUCAUAGCAGCGUUGAAGUGCCACAAAUACGAUAAGAGCAUCCAGGUGACGGGCAGCGCCGCUCUGUUCUACCUGACCAACACGGAGUACCGCAGUGACCAGAGCGUGAGGCUGCGCAGAGAGGUCAUCCAGGUGGUGCUGAACGGAAUGGAGCAGUACCAGGAGGUCACCGUCCAGAGGAACUGCUGCCUGACUCUGUGUAACUUCAGUAUUCCAGAGGAGCUGGAGUUCCAGUACAGUCGGGUCAACCAGCUGCUGCUGAAGAUCCUGGAGCCAGCCCGGCAGGACGAGUCCAUCCAGAGAAUCGCUGUGCACCUCUGCAACGCUCUGGUCUGUCAGGUGGACAACCACCACAAGGAAGCUGUGGGGAAGAUGGGCUUUGUCAAGACAAUGUUGAAUUUAAUUCAGAAGAAGCUACAGGACAGAACGUGUGACCAGGUGAUGGAGUUUUCCUGGAGCGCUCUGUGGAACAUCACUGAUGAGACGCCUGACAACUGUCAGAUGUUCCUUAACUGUCGGGGCAUGAGUCUCUUCCUGGAGUGUCUUCAGGAGUUUCCAGACAAGCAGGAGCUGCACCGCAACAUGUUGGGGCUUCUGGGAAAUGUUGCUGAGGUGAAAGCACUGAGACCCCAGCUGCUCACCCCCCAGUUCAUCACUGUGUUCAGUAACCUGCUGGACAGUAAGGCGGAUGGGAUCGAGGUGUCCUACAAUGCCUGCGGCGUGCUCUCACACAUCAUGUUUGACGGCCCGGCCGUUUGGUCCAUGGAGGAUCCGCGCAGAGACUCAGUGAUGGACAAGAUGAUGGACGCCAUCCAGAGCUGGGACGUCAGCUCACGCCGCAACAUCAACUACAGGUCGUUCGAGCCCAUCCUGCGCCUGCUGCCUCAGAGCAUCGCCCCCGUCAGUCAGCACUGGGCCACCUGGGCCCUCUACAACCUGGUGUCAGUUUACCCAAGCAAGUAUUGUCCCCUGCUGAUAAAGGAGGGAGGAAUAAGUCUUCUAGAGAAAGUUCUGGAACUGGAAAGCUCACAUCCGGAGACCAAGGACAUGGCCAGCAAAGUAAUGGAGGCGUGUGAAACCUUCAAAGAAGACCCCAUGGAAACAAAUAAUGGACAGGAGGUCAACUUUGGACAAAGAGGUUGACCCCACAGGAGCCGUGAUCCCCAGCAAACAUCCAACACACCCACCUGAGGCCCCUCCCACUGUCAUCAUCACAAGGGUCAACUGUGUGCAUUAUUCAUAUCAUUCUUAUUAUUGUGUGUGUGUGUGUGUGUGUGUGUGUGUGUGUGUGUGUGUGUGUGUGUGUGUGUGUGUGGU